AUGGCUAUCGAGGCUAGUCGCCAGUACGUGCCUUUGACCUGCCACGGGCAUUCUCGCCCUGUGCCGCACAUUGGCUUCUCCAACCUCGAAAAGGAGGAGACGUACUACCUCAUCUCUGCUUGCAAAGGUACACGGGAUGCAUCUACUGACAGCGGCAGAUGGAAACCCAAUGCUUCGCGAUGGUGUGACUGGGGAUUGGCUAGACUGAGCCCCGAUGCAGCCAACGCGGCCACCGCUUCGGCGGACUUUACCGCCAAAAUCUGGGACACCCACACCGGCGAGAUACUCUACACCCUCCAGCACAACCACAUUGUUCGAGCCGUCGCAUACCCUCCCGACAACUCAGACCUCGUUGCUACUGGUGGCAUGGAGAAGAAGCUACGAGUUUUUGACCUGUCCGAGCUCGCUGCCUCCAGCCCUGGCUCCGAUGUGACGAUCCCGGCUUCCGCGGGCUUUGAGAUUGGCGAGGGCAUCCACACCGACUCGAUCAAGUUCAUUUGCUGGACCCAAGACCCCAAUAUCGUCAUUACUGCAUCCGGCAAUACUCUUCGAUGGCUUGAUCUCCCUAGCCGUGCCUGCAUUCACCAAAAGGUGCUGGACGGCGAAAUCAAGUCAUGUGAGAUGGUAUCUCUGUGCCCCAGCGUCACGUCGCCCACCGAUAUCGGAGGUGGUAAGCCUGUUCUCGCUGUUGCAGCUGGCAAGACGGCCUAUUUCUGGGGCGAGGAGCGAGCCAUGACUGAGCUGAAGCGCAUCACACUUCAAAACACGAUUGCCAGUGUCGCGCUCGACCUGAAGGGUCGCAAGCUAGUCGUCGGCGAGGAGCCUGGUACUUGGGCCAAGGUGAUUCGCUACGACGACGAGGUUGAGAUUGACACUCACAAGGGCCACCACGGUCCGAUCUGGUCGGUUGCUUUUGCGCCCGACGGCAAGCUGUAUGCCACGGGGUCCGAAGACGGUACCAUCAAGAUGUGGAAGAACUGCGACGGAUUUUAUGGGCUUUGGCGUGGUGUUGGUGUGGAACAUGGCUGCUCGCGCGGCCGCAACUACACGCCACGAAGCAGUCCGGAAUCGGAUGUCAGCUUUAUUAUUCCGGAUGACACACCCGACAGCUCAUUGGCGACGAGCAAGAGUGACGAAUGCCACUCGCCCAUGAGCGAGCAGUCGACGAGCUCGAGCCUAUGCUAG